UCCAAUGUCGAAUACUAUUUGAACGAAUUGACAUAUUAACUGGAGUUGCACGAAACAAAUUAGUAGAAAAAUUAAGUAGAAUACUAAUAAGAAAAGAAGCAAAAAUAUGUCACAAGAUCCCAUUUUGCAACAGUUUAUACAGAGUGAGCAACAGAAGCAGAAAUUCCAGGCAACAGUUAAUGAACUGACAGAAGAAUGCUUCGAUUUCUGUGUCACUUCUCCAGGAAACAAAUUAGGGUCCUCUGUGGAACAGUGCAUUAAGAACUGUGUAGACCGAUUCAUUGACACCACAAACUUUGUUGCAAACCGUCUACAAAGAUCAGCUCUGUCAGCAACCCCUUCAUCAGGCUUUGACUAACAAAUAAUCCUCCAAUGAUUUUAUAUUCAGAUAUCGAUAUCAUUUUGUUUGGAUUUGAACUUCAAUCUCAAUUGAUUAUCACACAUACAGCAUGCAAGGAUUCCAAAUGGAACUAACUACAUGCAACUAUUUAUUUAUGUACAUGAAUCAAUUGAAGAAGUUAAACUCUUGUGAAAUCUAUCUUACUUGAUUAUUUUCAUUAGAGAACUUUUUCACAUUAUUUUUCAGAAAAAGAUUUGUUUAUGCUUACAAACAUGAAUUUUCAAUAAAUUGUUUUUCAUGAGCAUUCAUGGAAUAAAUUUAGAUUCA